CUCAGUACCAGGAAAGAUCCACCAGUGAUUCAGUCGACGUGCCAAAAUGAACAAACUUAUAUUGUUAGCGCUUGUCAUCGUAGCACUGGAAUGUGCUUCAUCCUAUAAGAUUUCGAGUCACAAAUAUCCUUAUAGACGGCGAUACUUGCCUAGAUCAAAACUUGGUUUAAGAUAUUCGAAAAAUGUGCCAGUAAAGUAUGUGCCAAUUGUAAAGCAUGUCCCAUACAUAAAGAGGGUUCCAAAAUAUAUUCCUAGAUAUAUUCGAAUUCCUGUUAUAAAAAAAGUGAAGGUACCUCACACAAUCAUUAAAAAAGUACCCGUUUACAAUACUAUUGUGAAAUACGUGCCUAAACCAGUUAAGGUUUAUGUGCCAAAGGAAAAAAUCGUAGAGGUACCAGUACAUCACCAUACAGAAAAAGUAAUUGAAGUACCAGUUCCAGGACCAGCAAUUCACUCCAAGCCAGAUGUUAUUGUUGCCGGCGGUGGUGGCGGAGGCGGAGGUGGACCAUUAUCUUUAGCCGCCCAAGCUGCUGGAGCAGCCAAUAUAAUGAAACUAGGCAAUGGGAUAGAAGUUAUCGAUACCGGUGCAGCUAAAAUAUUUGACCUUGGUUUCGGGCCUGAAAACCUAGAAAAGAUUCUUCAAACGCAAGCUGUUCAGGCUAUAUUAAAUGAUGCAACUGGUACUGGUAGUGGCCAUGGCGGCGGAGGCGGCCAUGGUGGGGGCCAUGGUGGCGGUGGAGGUCAUGGUGGUGGCAGGAUCCAUGGUGGUGGCGGCGGCCACGGUGGUGCUAACGGAGGUCAUGGUGGGGGUAAUGGUGGUCAUGGAGGACCAAGAGACAUUUUCAUUGACCAAGCAGUACAUGCAGGUGGGGCUGGAGUUGAUUUUCUAGGUGGGGGACAACAACUUGUUUUCGAUCAAGGAGCUCCAAUUGGCGGUGCAGUUGACUUAAACGCAGGUCAAUUUGUUGACUUUGGUAUUGGGGGUCAUGGUGGAAAAGCCGGGGGCGGAGGCCCUGGUGCUAUUGUAGAUGUUGGACACGGAGGAGGUGGAGGCCAAAUUGGACACGGUGGAUUUGUAGAUAUUGGACACGGAGGUGGCGGAGGCCAUGGCGGAGGACACGGUGGACUCGUAGAUGUUGGUCAUGGAGGAGGAGGCCAUGGGGGACAUGUAGAUUUUGGACACGUAGGAGGCGGUGGCCACGGUGGUGGAGGAAAUGGUGGACAAGGCAGUGGAAAAGGAGAUAUAAAUAUUGGAAUUGGAUUAGGCUCUGGAGGCGGCAUGGGUCAAGGCAUUGCUGGUGGAGGAAAAGCUGUUGGAAUAGGUAUGGGAGGAGGGGGACACGGUGGUGGACACCAUGGCGGCGGUGGUGGACAUGGCGGCGGUGGUCACGGUGGUGGUGGACAUGGAGGCGGUGGUCAAGGUGGCAGUGGACAUGGCGGUGGUGGUCAUGGAGGCGGUGGUGGACAUGGUUUAGGAGCCGAUUUCGGUUUUUUGCCUCAAGAUUUAGGAAUGGGUUUCGGAACUAAAGAUCUCGCACUCGGUGUAGGAGUAGGCCCUGGAAGUAUUGGAGCAGGUAUCUCAGCAGAUCAAGGUGGAGCUGGGAUGGGAAUGACCCAUGAUUCCGUCGGCAUUGGUGGAGGAACUCAUGGUGGUGGCGGAGCAGCAAUGGGAGCUGCAGAUGCCCAAGUUGGCCUAGGAUUUUCGGCUGGUGAUGGUUUGGGUCUUGGUAUGAGUAAAGGAGGAGCUGAUGCUGACAAUGUUCAAGUGAACGCUGCUGGCGGAGGUGCACCAACUGAUCUUGUAAUAAACGGCGCCGACAAUAUCAAUGUGGAUGGAGGUCACUUCGGAGGAAAUGGAGGUCACUUCGGUGGAAAUGGAGUUGAUGCUGGACAUCACGGUUCACAACACCCAGUAGCAAUCAUUGGAAUCGACAAACACGGAGGUCAAGGUGGACAUGGUGGUCAAGGAGUCGUCAUUGAUAACGGAGCUCAGUGGGACCAAGGAUUCGGACAUUUCGAUCAGGGACAUAAUGGAGCCUGGGACCAAGGACUUAAUGGACAUAUCGAUGCUGGUCAUGGUGUCGUUGACCUAGGAAUGGGACAGGGAUCUGGACAUGGUUCCGGCCAUGGAAAAUCUGGCGGCAAAGUUCUUCAUUAAGAAUCAUCAACGAAUCCAUUCAUAUCGCCUGAGAAGCAUGCGCAUCACCCGAGGACAGCCAUUUCAUUCAUCAUCACCCUAACUUAUGUAAAAUUCAUUCAUUUGUACAAUAAAUGGUGUUUUAAUAAAAAGUUAUUUUUAUAAAUAAUAA